AAAGCCAUGGCGUACAUAAAACAAGCAAUCAUAGUGCUAUUCUUGAUUUUCUUGCAUAUAGCUUUUAUCAAAGGAGAAACGUGCAAGGAGUCAGAGUUUAUGGAAGAAAAGCCUGGCAGCUACCUCCGAAGUCACGUCAAAGAAACCUUUCAAACGGAAACAGCCUCACUGUGCCGAAUCAUGUGCUACCUUGAUGGCGUAUGCAUGUCCUAUAACUAUAACCAAACAUCCGGUCAUUGCGAAAUCAAUGAUUCUGAUCACUUUCUGUAUCCCGAGGACCUGGUCAACAAAACUGGAUAUACGUAUGUUGGAACAAAAGGGUGGGAACCGCUGGGUUGCUACGAGGAUAGAAGACAUCGCGCAUUGUCGGUUUAUCUCGGACAAAUUAAAUUCGAUAAUUCAACAGGAGGUUUCAAAAGAAUGUUUGAAGAGUGCAAAAAAAAAAGCAGAGGAGAAAGGGUUUGAAUACUUUGGAAUACAGUAUAAGACAGAAUGCUGGGGAUCACCUAACGGAAAGGAGAUAACCUACAACCUGCACGGUUGUAAAAACAACUGCUUGCGUCACGAUGAUGGCUUUGGAGUUGGAUCUGAUUGGUCUAAUUUUGUCUAUCGCCUGAAAAAAGAUUGGAGCGAUUGUAAAGAUGGAUUCAAAUACAAACUUGUGUCGAAACAAGGUACAGGCUACGAAUGCCCUUUAUACAACGUUAAGAUAGAAAAGUCUGCAACUAAAAGAGAAUACUAAAUGUCCAGGAAAAACGUUCCAGAGUUGAAGACAAAAAGGAAUUCCUUAAAGAAUUGGCUUUGAAUACAUAAAAAACAAUGGCACAAUUAUUAACGCUAAAACUGUCAUAAGGAACAAUAUUGGAAAUUAUUAAAACURGUAGAAUUGAUUGUAACUUAAGAUAAAUAAAUCGAAUUAAAAGG